AUGGCGGUCCCGAAGCGCGGCGCUCUCAGGCAGCAUCAGGGGGAGAAGGUCGACUUGGCAGCCGGCCAGACGAACCCGUCCCAGCAGCAGACUAAGCAGCAGCCGAAUGGCCGUCGCUUGCCCCGCAAGAGUGCCAUGAUAAAGCCCGAUCUGUCUAUGGUGACUCAGGCAGUGGAGAGUCUGUACACCGACCAGCUCAAGCCUUUCGGUCGGCUCCUUCGCAAGCGGGUCGCGGAGCACGCGAUCGGCGUCCUGGAUGGCACCUCACCCGCCGCACGGCUCCCCGAGCAGCUCCCGAACGUGGACGCGAAGCAUCUGGAGACAGUGUGCAGGACAAGCGCCGGGUUCCAUGUGAAGUCCGAAGAAGGUGGGGAUUGGUCUGUUGUCAUCGUGGGACGGUCGCAGCCCUUCGUUGACAUCUACUGCGGCAGUGACGUGUACCCUGCAGAGCUGUGGGCGGCGGCGGCAGCGUAUUUCGAGGGCCUUCCGGAGGAGCAGAUGCAGCUGCCGGGUGGCCGGUACUCCUGCGCCCAGGCGCUUCUGCGCCGCAGGGCACCCUUCCUCUCGGGCUACACCCUCGGCCAGGCCUGUCACAUCGUGGAGUUGGGCAUCGCGCUGCACAAGAUCUUGGGGUAUUCGAAUGGCUCCGUGGUGCCGUACAUCUUCGCCGCUCCCAGUCGAUGGUGA